CACACAGGCACAUGAACACACACACACACACACACCAAACUAUCCACAUGGGUUCACUCAUGGUUAGUUCUGGGAAGGGCAUUUGACAGGGAGAAACACAGGGUCUAGGUUUGCUUCCAAUGAAAGGGAUCAGAACAAGUAUUCCUUAAUGGAGAAGUAGACUACUACAACAGACUUCAGAACUACAACUUCAUCCUUAAGGUGGACUCCAAUCAAGUUGUAGAAACAUCUCAAGGAUGAUCAAUGGAAACAGGAUGCACCGGAGCUCAAUUUCGAGUCUCAUAGCAAAGGGUCAGAGUUCUUAUGUAAAUAAGUGUUAUGGAAAAGCAUAAUGAUCCCAAUUUGAGGUUCAAUAUGCUUUCCCAGCAGGAGAUGGGUCUGGUCCAUCCUGUCCCUGUGCCAAGCACCCAGACCAGGGGACAGUGGUCAAGCAAGCUGGAGUUCCUCCUGGCUGUGGCCGGACAGAUCAUAGGCUUGGGGAAUGUAUGGAGGUUCCCAUAUCUGUGCUACAAAAAUGGAGGAGGGGUGUUCUUCAUCCCUUAUGUGCUCUUUCUGUUCACCUGUGGCAUUCCACUCUUUCUCCUGGAGACCUCCUUGGGCCAGUACACCACGCAGGGAAGCAUCACCUGCUGGAGGAAGAUCUGCCCCUUGUUUGAAGGACUGGGUUAUGGUAGUCAGGUGGUAGUUCUAUAUUCCAGCAUCUAUUACAUCAUCAUUCUAGCCUGGGCCUUCUUCUACCUCUUCUCCUCAUUCAGCUCUGAGCUCCCCUGGGCCAGUUGUAGAAACAGCUGGAACACAGCAACCUGCAUGGAGUUUGACAGAAGAGUAGUGGAACAUCUAAAUUGGACAGUAGCAGGGAACGCAACAUCGCCAGUGAGAGAGUUCUGGGAGAGAAGAGUUUUGAAUCUCACAGACAGUCCAAACAAGCUAGGCAGUGUUCGCUGGGAGCUGGCUCUGUGUCUUCUACUGUCAUGGAUUCUCUGUUACUUCUGUGUCUGGAAAGGAGUGAAGUCUACUGGGAAGGUGGUCUACUUCACUGCCACCUUCCCCUAUCUGAUGCUGGUGGUGUUGCUGGUCCGUGGACUCACACUGCCGGGGGCAAUAGAUGGUAUCAAGUUCUACCUCUACCCAGACCCAGCCCGCCUCACUGACCCACAGGUGUGGAUGGAUGCUGGAACACAAAUCUUCUAUUCCUAUGCUAUCUGCAUCGGCUGUCUGACUGCUCUUGGCAGCUACAACAAGUAUGACAACAACUGUUACAAGGACUGUGUGUACCUGUGCCUUUUGAACAGUGGAACCAGCUUUGUGGCCGGUUUUGCGAUCUUCUCUGUUCUGGGCUUCAUGGCUUAUGAACAAGGGACAGACAUCUCAACAGUGGCCGAAUCAGGUCCUGGCCUGGCAUUCAUCGCCUACCCUCGUGCCGUGGCCAUGAUGCCAUUACCACAGCUUUGGGCCAUCUUCUUCUUCAUCAUGAUAAUCCUACUGGGUUUAGACAGUGAGUUUGUAGGUCUGGAGGCUUUGAUGACAGCUAUCUCAGACAUGUAUCCCUCCUUCUUCCUGGUUGGCCAUCGGCGUAAAAUCCUCCUCAUCAUCAUCAGUGUGGGUAGCUUCUUCAUCGGCCUGGUCAUGGUCACAGAGGGAGGCCUGUAUAUCUUCCAGCUGUUUGAUUACUAUGCCUGCAGUGGGAUGACUCUGCUUCUCUUCGCUAUACUACAGUCAGUGUGUAUCAGCUGGGUUUAUGGUGCAGACCGUCUGUAUGAUAAUAUAGAGGACAUGAUCGGUUAUCGACCAUUACCCAUCAUUAAGUACUGUUUGAAGUAUUUCACUCCAGUCAUCUGCACAGCUACAUUUGUCUUCUCCUUGAUAAAGUUUACUCCACUGAAGUUCAACAACACCUUUCAGUAUCCUUGGUGGGGUUCCGCCGUUGGCUGGUGGUUCACUCUCUCCUCCACCCUCAUGGUUCCUCUAUGGAUGGUUUACAUUGUGAGCGUCACUCCUGGUACACUGAGACAGAGACUGUCCAUCCUCACCACGCCAUCAGAGGAUCUCCCCAUGACCAAGGCCCAGAAGAAUUCCCUCCUGACCAAGCAGUCAGAGCAGGACAGACCCCUGGGGGACACAGAGAUACCAACCUGGGGCCACAACCUCCUAGAAAGAGACACUGGCCCCCUCUCUCAGCUACCAUCCUUAUAGGACUAGAGAUAAGCAGGUCCAGCCAGUCACUCAAGGUCCUGACAUAAACAAUACAAAUACUUCCUGUUGUGUAACAGAGACAAAUGUGACCCUUCGCUUGGUCUGAAUGGCUUAGAAAAGUAUAGUACAGAACAUAAUCCACCCCCGUGCCUUUUUCUUGGGAGGGAGAUGUGGGCAAGUGUUUCCAAAACACACACUGUUUCCUGUAUGUAGAGCUGAUGAGACGUAGAAGCACUGGUUCUGGAAAGUGAAAAGAGAGAUGCGGUCAUUCUGUUUGGUCCAGAAAACCCUACAGGUCAAUCUUGCUGUCUCGUGACAGAAUGCAGAGAAAGCAUCUGAAGUGAGAUAUUGAGUAAGGUCCGGCACAAAAUAUGGACCUUUGAAGUUGUCCUUUAACCAGGACUGUGGUCAUGGCAGAGUAAUGGAUGAAUGGAUCAAACACCUGUCACACAUCAUAGUGGAAACAAAACAUGACGGUCAUGCUAUUGGUCCUGGGGUCUGUAUAUACAAGUGAACAAACACAUUUUUUUAAAGAUACAUUUUAUCUUUGAUUUGGGUGGGUUUAAUAAUCCGACAUCGUUUUUUUCUACUACUAUGUAAUUUCUUAAGACUUUGAAGUAUGACAUUUGUGAAAAUAUAUCGAUGGUAAAUUAUAAGGGAUUGUGUAGAUGCAUAUAUAGUAGAAACACUGUAAAAUACUGUGAUAGGAUUUGAUGCCAAUGUCAAUAAACUAAUCAAACCUUGUGC